AUCUUGGUUGUAUGCUUUUAAGUAAUUUAAAUAACUUAGGUUAAAUUGUACCUUUCCGUGAAGCUUGAACCCCACCUAGGUGCCCCCAAAAUUGUACCUUUCCCAUAUGGCUCUGCCUUCCCGGAGAGACAAUUUGUCACCGGGCAUCGAUCAAACACAGGACAUCAGAGUGGCUUGGCAACGGGCGCCAUUGAAACAGGAUAGCGAUGGAUAUGGAUAUGGAUGGGCCAUCAUACCCGCAAGGGAGCGGAGCGGAGUGGAGUGGAGGAGCCGCUAAUGUCUGGAGUGCACAUCCAAGUUCAUUAGACUUGCGGAUGGGUGCGGAAAAGCUGCUCGACACGAAAUGGAAAGUUUUGGCAAAGUUUCCCGCUGGCUGGAAUCGUCGUAAAUCGCUGUCUAAAAAUAUCCCAACACUCGAACCCAAUCGAUGUGCCCGCAGCUGGCAGAGAUGGGCGAACGUGAGCCGGAGUCGGACGAGGAUUGCGAGGUCUAUUUCCUGAAGCCGGUCAACGAGUACAACAUUGUGGACAGGAUCAAGGAGGCCAACAAGGAGCUUUUUGCGCCGGACGCGGAUGAGGGUUCCAAUGGUGGCAAGGUGACCAAGGUGAAGUUCGCCCUGAAUCUGGAGGACUAUGAGCCCACGGAGCAGCAGAAGGAUCAGAGUCCCAGUCCGCCGGAUGAGCUGUUGCAGCAGUUGACGCAACUGAAGCUUAAGCCCAUUGUGGAAGAGGAGUCAGCAGCUGCAGAGGUGACCCAGGUGCUGGAGGAACCUCCUCAAGAGGAGGAGCCAGAAGUGGAGGAGGAGAUCUGCGAGGAAAUUCUGGACUUGAGUGAGGUUCCCCAACAGCAGCCAGCUUUACAAGAAAGCAUGCCCAUUGAUGAAGAUGAAGACGACGAUUUUUCUGGUGUGGAUGAGGCAGAUCUAGAUGAUGACGACUCUCCAGCGAAGGUUGCCUCCCCUCAACUGAGACAGAGCACCUUCGACCAGGACGACUCCGAUCAGAAGAGUCUCACCAACUUGCUGACCGAAUCCGAUUGCGAGGAGGAGGAGCGCACUUUGAAUGAGGCACGCCAGAAGUUGAGAGAUGCCUACAAGAAUCUGUACAAGACUUUGGAUUCCAAGCAGCAGGCCACCAUUGAUAGGUUGACGGGAGCAGAAAGUGAGGUUCCCUUACCGCCGCCGCCGUCUAUGCCUAUUGCUCCAGUUGAAGCCGAUGAAGAGGAUGACUUGUCCAUCAUUGUGGCCAGCUAUAUUCCCGAUGACUUUGAGCUCAACGAGCAGAGCAUUUACUACAAGAAGGAGGAACCCGAGGAGGUGAAGCAAUCCUGUCCCAAGUCCACUUCCAAGGCCUUCUUCACUUCGCGCAGCUUCAGUUUCCGGCGUCGCAACAAGCCCACACCUCCGCCAUCAUCAUCCGGUGCCACCGCUUUAACGACAUCGCCUCCCUCCAUCCGGAUGAACUACAAGAUCUGCUGCGAGCAUCGUCACUCGAUCCAGGGCAAGCUGCCCAGGUAUAUGGGCUACAUGUCCGAGUACGGCCUGACUGCCCAGCAGCUGCAGCGCCGGGAUCAGCAGCUACGGCGCAAGCAGCGCUUCUCCAUGGAGCAGACCUUGCAGAGCAACGAGCAGGAGCUGAAGAAGAUGCAGGACAACGAGCGGGCCUUCACCACCUGGCUGAAGAACAAGAUGCGCUAUCCGAUCAACAAGACGCGAAACAUGUUCGAUGCCCACAAGAGGCGGGGCAGUGUGGCCGCCGCCGGAAGUCCACGUCAGCAUGCUCAUCCGCAUUCGCAUCUUCAUCAGCAGCAUCGGGAACCGGAGCAGGAGCAGCGUGGAGGCAGGCGAAGGCGUCGUCGUGACAGUGGCGGGGAGGAGGAGGUGCACGCCUAUCGACACCUUCUCGGCAGCUGGAACAAGUAGUUCAUAAUGUAGUAAU